AGAACAUGCGGCAAAGCUCCUCGCUUUGCAUCGCUUUUUCGCAAAAUUUAGGGUUUCACCGCGAUUUUUCUUCGCGCGAUGCAUCAAUGCGGAAAGAUUUCUGAAUCCCGGUUGCUCAUGAUUGGUGACAUUGUGCUAUAGCGGUGUAGUUGUAUGAAAUUUACAUUGCAGCAUGGAUGAUGAUGAGGACAAACUUUUGUUAAGUAGCUUGGGUGUUGCGUCUGCCAAUCCAGAAGAUAUUGAACGGAAAGUUAUUGCGGAGGCAAAAAAUGACUCUGGUUAUGCAAGUGAACCCAAGGAAAGCUCUGAGGAGCAGAAGGCUGAUCAUGAACAUGAAACAAAUCCAUCAUCUGUUAGGAGAGUCAAACUUCAUAAUAAAUUGCGUGCAGUUGAAGUCGAAAUUGAUGCUGUUGCUUCUAGUAUUAAGAAGGCUAAAUAUGUUGCGGAAAGUGAGGAAAGCUUUUCAAGUGAAAAGGAUAUCAGGGAUGAUGAAGAUAUCACUCAUGGAUGUCAUGCUGUUGAAAUUGCUCCAGAUGGUAUUACACUUCAGCAGGCACUAGCUGCUGAUCGUCUAAGAAGCCUGAACAAAACUAGGGUUCAGCUUCAAAAAGAAAUUUCUAGUUUUGCUAAAGAUCUUCCUUUGGAUGAUGUGGGAUGUGGAAAGGUUCUUGAUCAGUUGGUGAAAGGAAAACUGAAGCCUAAGAAAAAGUUAAAGGAAGGGGAGCCUUCUCACAGGGGUUCCAAGCACAGUUUGAAAACAGUCGAUUAUGAUGAAGAUGCAGAUUUUGAUGCCAUUCUUGAUGCAGCCUCUGGUGGAUUUAUUGAAACUGAAAGGGAUGAGUUGGUGCGCAAGGGCAUUUUAACCCCAUUUCAUAAGCUUAAAGGCUUUGAGCGCCGUGUCCAGCAACCUGGUCCAUCAAGACGGCAAAGUGUUCCGGAUAGCGAUGAUCUUACUUCAGCUAGCAUUGCUAAAGUGGUUCAGUCUAUGUCUGAUUUUGCACAAGCGCGUCCAACAACCAAACUGAUUGAUGCAAAAACCUUACCUGGAGUUGAUGUCCCCACUCGACCUUUUCAAAGACUAAGGACACCUUUAAAACACCCAGGUUCUCCGAGAACUGAGCAGUUAGAGAAGCAAAACAAAAAGCGUAGAAAGCAUAGGAGGCCUCUACCUGACAAGAGAUGGAGAAAGGACAAUUUAAGCGAGAGAUUUUCUGAUGAAAAUGAUGGAGAUGCAAGAGGUAACUCUGCCACCUCAGAUUGUGAGGAAAAUCAAGAUGUAAAUGAUGAUGAGGAGGAAGAGAAGGAUGAGCUUCCUUCUGUACUCCUUGAAGGAGGCUUGAAAAUCCCCAGUUCUAUCUAUACACAACUUUUUGACUAUCAGAAAGUGGGAGUUCAGUGGCUGUGGGAGUUGCAUUGCCAAAAAACUGGUGGUAUAAUUGGAGAUGAAAUGGGUCUAGGUAAGACUAUUCAAGUAAUUUCAUUUCUUGCCGCUCUCCAUUAUAGUAAAAUGUAUAUGCCCAGUAUUGUCAUCUGUCCUGUGACUCUUCUGAGACAAUGGCAAAGGGAAGCUAAAAAGUGGUACCCUAAGUUCAAAGUUGAAAUAUUGCAUGAUUCUGCCCAUGGCUAUGGAAAGCAUGGAUUAACAAAAGCCAGUGAAAGUGAUUCUGACAGUGAAGCUUCAUACGAUAGUGAGGAUGGGAAACCUCUGCCAGCAAAGUCCAAGAAAAGAUGGGAUGAUUUAAUUAAGCAUAUUGUCAACUCAGAAGCUGGGUUGCUUCUUACUACUUAUGAGCAACUACGUCUUUGGGGGGAGAAGUUGCUCGAUAUUGAAUGGGGUUAUGCAAUUCUUGAUGAGGGUCACCGCAUAAGGAACCCAAAUGCAGAAGUUACUCUAGUUUGCAAGCAGCUACAAACUGUUCACCGUAUUAUCAUGACUGGUGCUCCAAUUCAGAAUAAACUCGCAGAACUCUGGUCGCUAUUUGACUUUGUCUUUCCUGGAAAGUUGGGUGUUCUACCCGUAUUUGAGACAGAGUUUGCUGUUCCUAUCUCUGUUGGUGGGUACGCAAAUGCUUCACCGCUUCAGGUGUCCACUGCUUAUAGAUGUGCAGUGGUCCUACGUGACUUGAUCAUGCCAUACCUUCUUAGGCGUAUGAAAGCUGACGUGAAUGCUCAGCUUCCAAAGAAAACUGAGCAUGUCCUCUUCUGCAGUCUAACAUCAGACCAGCGAUCUGCUUAUCGAGCAUUUCUUGCUAGCGCUGAGGUGGAGCAAAUUUUCGAUGGAAAUAGAAACUCACUAUAUGGAAUUGAUGUCAUGCGAAAGAUUUGCAAUCAUCCUGAUCUGUUAGAAAGAGAGCAUGCAGCUCAGAAUCCAGACUAUGGAAAUCCUGAACGGAGUGGGAAAAUGAAGGUGGUGGUGCAAGUACUAAAGGUCUGGAGGGAGCAAGGGCACCGUGCCCUACUUUUCACCCAGACACAACAAAUGCUAGAUAUUAUGGAGAAUUUCCUUAUUUCUUCUGAGUAUAGUUAUCGGAGAAUGGAUGGUCAUACUCCUGUGAAGCAGCGUAUGGCACUCAUAGAUGAAUUCAAUAACUCAUCCGAUGUCUUUAUUUUUAUCUUGACUACUAAAGUUGGUGGCCUGGGGACGAAUUUGACUGGUGCUGACAGGGUCAUCAUAUAUGAUCCUGAUUGGAAUCCUUCUACAGACAUGCAGGCAAGAGAACGUGCUUGGCGUAUUGGACAGAAAAAGGAUGUGACAGUUUAUAGAUUGAUCACCCGAGGGACUAUAGAAGAGAAGGUUUACCACAGGCAAAUUUACAAACACUUCCUCACAAACAAGAUAUUGAAGAACCCUCAGCAAAAGAGAUUCUUUAAAGCUAGAGACAUGCGAGAUCUCUUCACUUUGCAAAAUGAUUCGGAGGGUAAUUCAACAGAGACAUCAAACAUUUUCAAACAAUUGUCCGGAGAGGUAAAUCUUGAGGUCGGCCAAGACAAACCAGCCCCUUCAUCUGUAUCUAUUGCUGCUUCUAUUUCAUCUGCAAAUGGGCCACACUCCUCUGAAGUAAGAACGUCAAUGUCCUCAAAGAAAGGAAAAGAGACCGUUAAUGGGAGUGAAGUAGAGGAAGAAACAGAUAUAUUGAGGAGCCUCUUUGAUGCUAAUGGGAUUCAUAGUGCAAUGAACCAUGACGCAAUUAUGAAUGCGAAUGACAAUGAUAAGAUGCGACUCGAAGAGGAAGCGGCCAAAGUAGCACAACGGGCAGCUGAAGCUUUACGUGAAUCACGAAUGAUCAGAAGUCGUGAAAGUUUUGCUCUUCCUACAUGGACUGGAAGAUCUGGUGCUGCCGGUGCACCAGCAUCCGUCCGGAAGAAAUUCGGUUCUACUGUGAAUAGCCAGUUGGUACGCCCACUAAGACCAAGCACAUCUUCUGGUUUUUCUGCUGGGUUUUCCACAAACAAGGCUUUGUCAUCAGCUGAACUCUUAGCAAAGAUUAAAGGCAGACAAGAAAGAGCUAUCAGUGAUGCACUCCAACAAGACUUAGAUUUAUCGUCUAGUUCAAAUCAUCGGGCGGAGAUUUCUGAAAACAACCGGGGAUCAAGACUGACAAACAGGUUCAUGAUCGUGCAACCGGAGGUCUUGAUUCGUCAGCUCUGCACAUUUAUUCAGCAGAGAGGCGGCGUCACGGAUUCGGCAAGCAUUACACAGCAUUUCAAGGAUAGAGUUCAGUCAAAAGAUUUGGCUCUUUUCAAGAAUCUCCUCAAGGAAAUAGCAACAUUAGAGAAAGAUUCUAAUGGAUCCAGAUGGGUUUUGAAACCUGACUAUAACUGAAGAUACUACAAAUGGAGCAACAAGAAAUAUCCGAAUCAAACUUUUUGGUCAUAUACAGAAAAAAAAAAAAGAAAGGAAAAA